AAACAAGCGACUAUUUUUACCCAAACCCUUCGGACCGUCUCACUCUGCCUUCGCCCAUUUUAUAUUCUACUUUUUCUUCUUCUGCUCAUCGACAGACCGCUCCACCCCGCCCCUCCCUUCAUCCCUCUCAUCCCUCUCAUCUCUUUCGCCCGCCCUCUCAUUCACACCGCCCCUACCGUCUGAGGAGAGACAGACACAAUGACCACGCCAACCCAGGAUGGAGGCGACCACAUCCUGCUCAUCCCUUCCUCACAGUCCACGAGCCCUUCCGUAGCCGCCCACAGCACCUUUCAGGAAGACCAGUCGCCUACUAGUAACAACAAUCAUGCCAUCCGCAGUCCAUCCACCUCCCAAGUCUCGCUCUCCCACCGAGGUUCAGCAGCGCCAGCAGCACUCCCACCCCAAGCAUCGCCUGCUGCUUCCAUCCGCAAGAACCAGAACCAGCACCAGUCUCACUCCAAUGCCUCUCUUCCUACCAACGACGACACCAGCCGCGACCCUGGUUCGAAAUUCUCUCAAUUCAUCCACAGAUACAUCUUGACACCCUUACAAUCCUUCCAGUUGUAUCUCUCCACACCCGACCGCGAGGCUCACGUCUCCUCCUUCCCCCAACCCCUUCGGUCCCUCCCUCCUUGGCUCUUGCCACAUUACCAUUCGAAGCGCCAGAUCUUUCGCUCCACAAUCCUGGGCCCGCUCUUUCGGGCGCUCCUCCUCACCGGGAUCCUCGCCGUGUUGAUCGCGUCGACGAUCAUGUAUUCGCUCAGGGAGGGACAGCCUGAAUCACUGGAUUAUGCGCAAGUGAACGACUUUGACUGGACCCCGAUUAACCCGAGAGGGUAUCUGAAGCCGUGGAAUGAGACCUUUGGGGACCAGUGGGACGUGUUGCUGGAUGGACAUUCGCAUUCAAGGUACUCAGAUGGCAGGAUGGGGUCUGAGACCUUGUUGAAGUGGCAUAUCGCGAAUGGGUAUAACGCUCUGGUGGUGAGUGACCAUAACACGGUCGCGGGAGGACUGGCCGCUCAGAAAAUCGCCCUGGAGAAGUAUGCGGACAAGAUCACGGUCAUCCCAGCCAUGGAACUCACAUGCUGCCGGUUACAUAUGAAUCUGAUCGGGAUCAACGAGACGAUCGACUAUGCGAUCACAAAGUGGCCGACAGACGACCAACUCCGGGCGACGAUUGCGAGGGCCCAUGAGCUGGGUGGUUUGGCGAUCAUCAAUCAUAUCCCCUGGAGCAACACGACAGAGUACGGAUACCAACUGCCGAGGAUGCAACACCACCCGAGCCGCGAACAACUCGUCGAAAUGGGCGUGGACGGAUUCGAAGUCGCAAACGGCGGAACCCUGGACACGAUCUCACUAAAGUUCAUCCAGGAUAACAACCUAAUCCUGAUCACCGGCACCGAUGUUCAUUACCCAGACUCGGGUGCCUUCAGCUGGACGAUCCUCAACACGAACGGCAACCGGACCGCGGAGAAUAUCAUGGCCCAGCUCCGAGCACGUCGGUCGUCGUUCUUGUUUGAUCCAACGGGCACUCAGCCCGUGGCGUAUGCACCCGAGAGCGAGAAGUGGUACGAAACAGCGCCGCCGACAUUGCUAGGACAGUAUUUUCAGAUGUUUUGGAAUGAUCAGACAGGGAUGUAUUCCUUCUCACCCGAGGGCGGAUUCUGUCAUGAGGAGUAUGUGACGAUAAGGUGGAGGUUAAUAGGGUAUUUUAUUGGAUGGGUCUUGGUCGGGUUCCUGAUCUUUGAAGCCGUGAGGUUGGUCGUGGUCGGAUGUAUUUUGGGGCCCGUGAAGAGAAGGAGAAGAUAUUUGAGGAAGAAGAAGAUUUUACAGGAAGAGGAGGAUGGCAGAGUUGACGAUGAUCUAUCCGACCGCGAGGACCGGUUUUAAAACUAUUCUCUCCAAUCGGGGACAACCCUCUCUAAUAAACGAGGGCGGUUGCAAAGGCAGCUCUU